CAGGGAACACUCCAAAGUCACGGGGAAUGAGGGAGGGAGAUAGAGAGAGAGAGAGAGAGAGAGAGAGAGAAGGAGGGCAUAGGAGGAGAGGGAGUUACUGCGCAGUCUUCCAGCAGGGGUGCGUGUCCUUGACCCUUCCCAGCAGCCGGAGCUGUUCUCUGCCGUGCGCUCGUGGCUCUGCGGCGGACUGAAGCGAUAGGGCACCUGGUCGCCAUGCUGCCCUGGACGGUGCUCAUCAUGGCUGUCUUCUCCUGCAGCAUCUGCACGUGUGCCGCUCAGCAGCGGAGCAAAGCCUUGUUCCCAGCAGCUGCCAGAGUAAAGAGAGGGAUGGUCAAACCCACCUUUCAGAACUCCAUAGAGGACAUCAACCUGCUCUAUGAGAUAAUGCUGUCAGGGCUGCAGAUAGGAGACGAGAGCAUCCCGUUCGGCGUGCAGGACGAGGAGCUGGCAUCCCUGCGGAAGACGCGUACUCUGGAGACCAUAUGCGAGGACGUCCUGCCCAAAAGCCUGAAGGACAUCCGCCGGCUGGCCGCCGACCUGUCCCAGCACCAGGGCCCGCUCAGAAAGAGCGACUUCGAGAGAACCGUGCUGACCAUGGUGUACGCCGCCAACAGGCUGGCUAACACCAGCGGGCACCAGCGGGACAAUUGGGCAGAGUCCUUCGUCAGCCUGUACAGGGCCUUAAAGCAGGACCUCAGAGGGCAGUGAGGUGUUAGCCAGACCACGUGUGAUCUAUAAACUUUAUUUAUAGGUUUAUAUUUUACCAAUUAUUUUGUCAGUAUGAAACAGGACUGCAGUGAUCCUGGUUUCAAUGGAAUCCCCCCAAAUCCUCAUUCAUCUCAAGUCAGUGCAGAAACAUCCGUUCAGGAAUUAAAUACACUGUAGGCUCUGAUCACUGUAAGAUAGCUGUGCACAAAGUCAAUGAAAUCUUGAAAUGCAAUUCUUUUUUGUUAUUUCCCCACUGAAAUUAGUACAGUUUAUCGAAGUUUUAACCUGGAGCCUGACAUGGUUGGUAGAAUGUUCAGAUUGUCUGCUUAAGGAUCUGACCUCACCGUUUUGAGAUGCGCACUUUUCAUCAACAUCCAAUUAUAAUACUGAUAAUUCUAGUUAACAAAUGUGUGUAGUUGAUUUGACUUCUUGGGACUUGACGGGACUACUGAACUAACUCAGUAAUCCUGCUUUGUGGAACAAAGCAAAAAACGUUGCAUAAGGAAUUUCAAUAUUCAAUAUUUAAAAUAGGUACUCCUUCUAUUAAUUAAUGUCUUAAGUUUUUCCAGGUCAUACAUUAUUUAUACUUUGCAAAAUUUUGAAUUGUCUUGAAAAUAAACCAAAUAAUAUGG